UUUCGCGGAGAAAACGGCUCCCCUAAGAAAUGUUCUGAAAAAAGAUGGGGUUUUUGAAUGGAACGCGGAGCAACAGAGAGCAUUCGACCAGCUAAAAGCAUGCCUAUCGAGCGCUCCAGUAUUACAGUUCUUCGAUGUAAAUAAAGAGACGACACUUUCAGUCGAUGCUUCGCAGGCAGGGCUAGGAGCCGUAUUACUCCAAAAUAGACUUCCUUGUGCGUACGCGGCGAAAGCGAUGACCGAUACACAAACGCGUUAUGCGCAAAUAGAGAAAGAGCUGUUGGCAGUUUGUUUCGGUUUAGAGCGAUUCCACGAUUAUAUUUACGGAAAAAAAAUAGUCGUCGAAACGGAUCAUAAGCCGCUAAUACCAAUAUUUCAAAAGCCCCUGAACAAAUGUCCAGGAAGACUUCAAAGAAUGUUGGUGCAAAUUCAGAAAUACGACAUAGAGAUCGUUUAUCGCCCAGGCAAAGAACUCUAUAUAGCAGAUGCUUUGUCGCGGGCUUACGAUAAAAACGAUAAGUUCCUAGGAUGGUCACAAGAAAUUGAAUCACAAGUAUGCUCAGUAAAUUAUGUAAACGCAACUCCCGAAAAGAUAAAACAGCUAAUUGAAAGUACCGAGAAAGACAGCGAGUUAAAAGCGUUAAAAGAAAUAAUCCAAAACGGUUGGCCGAACAACUCAAACAAACUGCCAGCAACGGUAAGACCGUAUGCUCAAUAUAAAAGCGAACUUGUUAUUGUAGACGGUUUAGUUUUUAAAAACGAUUGUUUAGUGAUCCCGCGUGAAAUGCGAAAUGAAAUAAUCGACAGAAUACACUAUUCCCACCAAGGAAUUACUAAAUGUCAGAAAAUCGCACGCGAAUCGGUAUUUUGGCCAGGUAUCUCGAAUCAAGUCAAACAAAAAAUCGGCAGUUGUCCAAUCUGUUUAAAAUACUCGAACUCACAAAACAGGGAACUUCUACAACCCCAUGAAAUUCCAGAACUACCAUGGAACAAAAUUGCGUGUGACAUAUACGAGAUAAAUGGCCAGAAAUACCUUCUCGUUGUAGACUACUAUUCAAAGUAUCUUGAAAUAGCCGAGCUACGGCGAAACGCGACAAGCGAAAACGUGAUUAGACACCUCAAAACAAUGUUUGCGUCUCACGGCGUACCGGUGACCAUAGUAUCUGACGGAGGUACUCAAUUUACAUCGCAAGAAUUUAAGAAAUUCGCGAAAGAAUGGGAGUUUGAUCAUGUAACAUCAUCUCCAACGUAUGCGCAGUCCAACGGCAUGGCUGAAAGACACAUUCAAACGUUCAAGAAAAUAGCGAAAAAAAUAAUAGAAGAGAGAAAAGAUGUACAAAUGGCGUUGUUACAGUAUCGCAACACUCCUGUAAUCGGGAAUCGAUCGCCCGCCGAACUAUUAAUGUCGCGCAAACUCCGAGACAAUUUGCCGAACUGUAGUGAAAAAUUCCUACCUAAAGUGGUACCAAACAACAUAAAAAAAAUGAUUGUCGAAGAACAGAACAAACAAACAGAAUAUUAUAAUAGAAGGGGAGCGAAAAACCUUCCUGAAAUUCCCGACAACACAGACGUCUACGCACAACUCCAACCUAACAGCCUUUGGCAACCGGCAAAAGUCAUAUCUCAAACAGGCAACAGACGCUACAGCAUACAGACGAAAACGGGGAACAUCCUCACGAGAAACAGACGAUUCCUGAAACCCUUUAAAAAAACAAUGGCAAAAAAUAAACCUCCCUCGUCUCCUCUCGUCGCUAACAGCGACAAUAAGACCUACUACAUUCCUUUGGAUGACGAAACAAAUUCCCAAACAGAUGACACCGAGACAAACUCAGAUAGCGAGGGUCCUGAAACCGCACAGGCGGUCGAGCUUAACGAUACGAGCAUUGCGGAAUCUCAAAACGGUACCGAAUCAGAUCAAAGCGUAAUUAUAGUAGAUACUUCGACCGAGGCUGACGAGACGUGGUCAGAAGCCGAGGCAAUGCCUACCGCAACGAUCACACAAAGCGGUAGAGAAAGUAAACCACCAAGUAGACUACAGAUAGAAUAAGCUAGUAUGUAAGAACAUAUAGGAUAAGCUUGUAAAAAAAAAAAAAAAAAAAAAAA